GAGCACACUCAGGGAAGGGAGGACAGCACGCAUUUAACACUCAGAGCAUUCAUGAUUCAUUUUUGUAAAGUCGGAUCUCUGUCACAGACAAACGUGGGUUUAUGGGCUAGUUCACACUCAGCUCUAUUACACAUACAUCGGGGUUUUUUGUGUGUAAUCUACACAAGUGUGUGUUUUCUACUUUAGUGAAAAGGAUGAGCGUCUUCUCCAGCAGACCCGGCGCAGUUUGACACGUUUCCCGAGCUGGAGUCACUAAGCGGUCUGUUUUCCAAGCGGGGCCUCAUUAAAACAGUUCUGCUCUUACUUUUGAUGCCACGGAAAUGGGAUCGCACCAACGAGAGAGCGUGUCUGCGCUUUGCAGGAAAAGUUUGCUUUGGACAGUGCUGAUACUCUGGCUGAGCACGCUGGUUAACGGGACCUGGAAGACGGGACUUUACAAAACCUAUUCAGUCGGGACGCAGCUGAACAGAGACCAGACAGCAGCCUCCCACAGCUCAGUCUACCAGAAAAGGAACUGGUGUCCUCAUACGGUCACUAAGACUGUGACCUGCCAGGUGCAGAAUGGGACAAUCCUCCAGCGGGUGUACCGGACGUGCCCCUGGCCACAGGGAUGUGCAGGAGGCAGCUACAAGACCGUGGUCAGACCUUCCUAUAAACUGGUGUACCGCACUGUGACUUCCCUGGAGUGGAAAUGCUGCCCGGGAUUCAGCGGCGCUGCUUGUGAAGAAGAUGCAGGAAACCGGCUUGUAGCUCAAGAGGCAUUAAGAAAACCAUCUACUCUACGCCGGCCACCUGCACGCACAGGAGAAGCAAUCUCCAAUUGUCUCAACUGCAGUCGAAUCACUGCUAUGAGCGACAGGCUGAACACGCUGGAGGAGAAGGUCCAAUUACUCACAGCUCCGGCCUCCAUAUCACAUCGCCACCUUCAGGGUAAAGUGGGAAUUGCUCCAGAGACCUCGUUACUGAUGGGGGCUGUGCCCGCUCAGGGAGCUCCUGGUGAGCAGGGACCUGCAGGUCCUCAGGGUGAAAAGGGAAGAGAUGGGCUUCCUGGCAGAGAUGGGAAGCCAGGGUCUCGAGGGCUGCCAGGUCCUAUUGGGCCUCGAGGGGAGGCCGGGGCAAGGGGCCCAUCUGGAGCCCCUGGAUCAAAAGGAUCCCCUGGACCGGCAGGCCCCCGUGGUCCAACAGGACUGCCAGGAGGGAGAGGUCUUCCAGGCCCGCCUGGCCCACCGGGGCCUCCAGGCCCUCCAGGUUCCCCAGCACCAGCCAGUGCCCGCAUCCCAGAACCGGACCACAAUCGUGGAAAAGACCCUUUCUUCACCAACACCUUCCACGACUCUCGAGGGAUACCUGUUCCAGGACCUCAGGGGCCUCCCGGGCCUAUUGGUCCCCCAGGUCCUAAAGGCCCGGCAGGACCUCCUGGUCCAGCAGGACAAAAUGGAAAACCUGGAGUGCAUGGAACGCAGGGCCCCGUGGGGCCAAAGGGAGAACGUGGGGAGAGAGGACCUUCAGGUUACCCGGGAGAGAGGGGCUUGAGAGGCGAGCCGGGAGCACCGGGACCAAAAGGAGAACCGGGAGAGAAGGGAUUGCCGGACAUUAGCUUGCAGAUGUUCCACAACUUGCAGGCAGACCUUGAGCUUCUGACUCGCAGGGUGACACUGCUGGAGGCUAUCAUCUGGCCAGAGCCUGAUCUAGGGUCUGGGGAUGGACCGUUUGGCACAUCCUCCCCUAGUUUCUACAGAGAUAAGCGAUCAGGUUCAAUUCCACAUCGACUUGCUUCUCCUCUGUCCUCCGACACCAAGGUUCGAGGAAAGUAGACACCCCCUGGCUCACCCUGAGGAUCACAGGCGGGGGGAGGGGCUUGACUUCCCCUCCUAUAAGUCUCAUCAACACUCAACAGAGUUAGACGUUAACUGACACCCUCUCUGGGCUGUACCAUCUAAUAUAGGAUGGGGGACACCUCAGGGAAACUCCACUGGUACUCAACAAUGCCCUGCUCCAUCGGGAACCUGAGAACUAGUUUGAACCCCAUCCAUCGCCAUAACCAAACAAUUUACCUUUACACAAUACUUCCAGCUGCUCUUUCUGUUUUUCAUUUGUUUGGCUGCAGAACCACAAGCCUCACAAUUAGGAUGAUGAAAAAAAUCUGAAUCUUCUGUGGUGCUCCUCGAGCUACAAACGGUCCUGGAGAAUAAAGGUCAUUUAGAGUAAUCAUGUGAAAGAGAAGUCAGAUGUGAGAAAAGAGACUGGAUUUGAGUUUCUGUUGCUUUCACGAUGUAACUGCAACCUAAACAGAAUUCAUUAUUUAAGCACAUGGAGUCUGUACAGUUUGCGGGACAUGACUACACAAACAAAACUCCUCCUAUAGUAUGUAAUUUGUUAUGCUUCUAUCAUAUUGUUUAACUCAAUGUUAUGUAGUGCACUAAAAAGAUUAAGUGAUCCGUUCACUAACUGAGAUAAGUGUUGAUAACGGUGAUUUGUACUUUUCUGGUCGCUCCCCUCCUCCUCUAAAGUAUGUACUGAUAAAGCAUUUCGACAUUUAAACUGGGUAAACGUGCACAAACAUUUGCAUCUUGUUUUAGCCUCCACAUAUUUAGAAACGGCCAUAAAUGAUGUUGCAAUCUGGAAACAUGUUGAAAGGAAAACAGACCUCACAGGAUAUUUCAUGAUCUUUAGCACACACACACACACAAAUGGAGAAAAUGGCAAAACUGUUACAUUAACUUGAAUAUACUUUUACCACUGUUUUGCUGGUAAACUGCUUAAACUGUUAUGAUGAAAAGACUUUUUUUUCUGCAUUUAUUGUGAAACUAUUUAAAAUGAACUGUAGUUUAUUUUGUAUGCUGUUGUGUAACCAUUUCAUACUUUUAACUUUUUUCUUGCAAAAUGUGUUACUGUGUUAAUAUAAUCCUGUCAAGAUGAUCGGUGUAAUAAAAUAAUGUCCACUGUU